AUGGCUAUUAAGACUGGGAGAAGCUGGCUGGACACUAAGAAACCCUCCUCAGCUGAUGUCUUCUUCAAUCUUGCUGUUAAAAAUUUGGAAUUGCUGUAUGGCAGACUAAAGACCCGGAGUGAUGGACAGUCAGAUUUAAACAUUCCCAAGGGCGACGUGGAGAAAGAUCUGUUUCGAGUACACUCCUACCAGGCUGAGUCUGCAGUGGCACAGGCAGACCAUCAACAAGCUGUUUCCUAUGUGCAGCGCUGUAAGGAUAUGCUGCUCAGGCUGCCAAAGGAGACUGGAUAUCUGUCCCUCAUGUGCUAUAAUUUUGGGGUUGACACCUACAAUUUAAAAAAGUAUGAAGAAAGUUCCUUCUGGCUUAGCCAGAGCUAUGAUAUAGGGAAAAUGCAUAAGAAGUACUCCCCUGGGGCAUCAGUGCAGGCCAAGAUCCUGAGGUUACUGGCAAAUGUGUAUAUGGAGUGGGACUGUAAGCAAUACCAGGAAAAAGCUCUCAGUGCUGUCAGCUUAGCCAACAAGGAGAAUGUGCAUCCUGCAGGCCUCUACUUAAAAAUCAACAUCUUACUGCAGAGCGUGUCUCCGGAUGAACCGGUGAAGGCAGCAAUUGCAGAGUUACUCGAUGUAGAGGUCCCCCUUGAUGUUUGUCUAAAUGCUGUAAAGCUGCUAAUGGAUGCAGACAGGGAGGUCCUUGCCUUUGAAUUUCUGAAGAGUGUGUGUAAACACUUUGAAGCAUCUCCAGAGCUGGGGAGGGCCCAGGUGCAGCACAUCAAGAUGUUACUGCAGAGAGGGAAGGAGCUGCUGGGCAAGCAGAAGAUAGAGGACAUCAUUACAGGUCACUACACUGGGAAACAGCUUUCCUCUGAGACGCUUAACCACUUACAUCUCCUUCUCUGGGAUAGAGCUGCCAAGAACUUUGAGGCUAGAAACUACUCUGAGGCUCUGCAGUGGUACAACUAUUCCUUGAGUUUCUAUUCUGCGGGUCAAAUGGAGCAGAAUCUGGCCAAGCUGCAGAGAAACAGGGCUUCCUGCUUCCUGCACCUCCAGCAGCUGGACAAGGCUAAAGAAGCAAUAAAAGAAGCUGAAAGGUGUGAUCCAGACAGCAUUUUCACACAGUUCAGUGUGUACAAGAUAGCUGUGCUUGAGAACGACGCAGACAAAGCUUUAGAGGCUGUGAGAGUAAUGGGGAAACUGGCAGAAAAUCCCAUGCGGAACGAGGACAAACUGUUAGCAUCUGAGAGUGCCGGCUCCAGCCUUCUGAGUCUGGCAGCUCAGAUUGCUCUAGAGAAUGACCAGCAGGAUGCAGCCAUGAAGGCCCUGGAAUAUCUGUGUCAGCAGUCACAGGACAGUGGCCAGAUCUUCAUAGCACUCAGGUGUUUGGUUCGACUGGUCCUUUCUAAAAUGGGAGCAAUAACUGAGGAAAAGAGACAUGCUGUUUUGGACACAUAAUGAAUAUGAAUCCUGUUCCCUGUAGCCCUGUUAAAAAUAUCCCAGCUCAACCCAGGAGAGAGCCUAAGUUUGGAGAAAAAGACUGAUGAGGCAAACUGGUUCAGGAAAAUUGCUUGGAACUCAGCCUUGCAGUGUGAGGGCACACCUGGCAUGAUGAGAGAUUUCUUUGUGCUUUCGUACCAGAUUUCCCAGUUUUGCCCAUCUGAGAAAGCAAUUUUAGUUGGACAGAAGACCUGCCUCCUCAUGGCAGCAGCAGCCAGUUUGGAGCUGGCAAGAAUCCCUUCAGAAUCCAUCGAACAGACUGAAAACCUGACCCAGGCACUAGAACACAUGCAGAUCUGCUGGGAGGUGUGGAGAACAUUGAAAACUUCAGGGGACUUCUCCAAGGACCCCACAGACACUUUGCUGCUGCUGUAUGAGUUUGAGGCCAGAGCCAAACUGAAUGACCCCAAACUGGAGACAGUGCUGGAGUCUGUGCUGGAGCUCCAGCAGAUCGAAACCAAAACAUUGGAAACCAUUGCCUCACUGGCAAUGGAGCCUCCUGCUCAUUUCCCCUCGCUGUGUAAAAAGGCCUUGAGGAUCGCACUGUCUCUGCACAGGAAGCGUCCUGAUUCUGACAUCUUACGGUGCAGCCAGUGUCUGCACAGUCUGAUCCAGUUGUCACUGCCCACAGGGGUGCUGGAAGUGGAGUCCCGGGUUCUGGAGGAGGUGUGGGGGUACUAUGAAGAAGCCCUACUUGUAAUAAGCAGUGCACAUGGGGAGUUUCCUGAAGUGGAAAUUCUGUGGCUCCUGACCAGAGCCUGGAACACAGGGAUUUUGCUCUAUAGCCUGGCUCAGUACACAGAGGCAGAGAAAUGGUGUGGACUGGGCAUGAGCUUCCUACGACACCUGGGCUCCCUGCAGGCUAGCUAUGAGACUCAGAUGUCAGGUCUUUACACUGAAGUGCUGGACAGGUUAGACAAAGCAAAGACCAACCUUGUGACUGAAGAGUGAAGAUGCAGGUAGACACCAUGUGGAGGUAGGCACUGCCUGGACUGGGGUUUCUGAGGCUUUGCUGCUCUUGAUUCCAGCUAGAGAUGCAAAUGUUGAGGAUCCACCCACCACCAUAUAAACUUUAAAAUGGUGGCUAAACCAAGCUUAGUAAACUUCUCUGAAUGUGUCUUCCUGUUCACAGGUGUAUUUUAUUAAGCAAUGCUUCAAAGAUAGUUCAGUAAGCUUUAGCAAUUGUUUGUUGUAGAAUGUGUUCUUUUUCAUUUUCAGAUUCUUCUGUUCCCAAGUGUGUUCUGUCUGUUCUGUGUAAAUAAGGAGUGCUGUAGCUCUUAUCUUUCAUUAAAGAAACAGUUUAAUGUUAUAUGUAUUUUGCUAUAAGAAACUAAAAUGA